AACUUUCAUAUCAAUUUAAAUAAAAGAAUAAUAAAAAUUGCUCGAGUGUAUUAUAUUGGUAAAUUAGUUUGUAAAAACGCAAUAAAUUAUGGCUUUAAUUGAUGUUGACUCCUGGCAAACUGAAUAUGAUGCAUGCAUAAGGCUAAAUGAUAAAAUCGCAACAGAGUUAAAUCAAAGAACAUCAACUGAUUUACAAGCUUCGGAAUAUCAAAAUCUUUCUGCCAGUAUACAAGUGGGUCUCAAGCAGUUUGCAAAUGAAUUGCAGCAAUUAAAAUAUAAGCUGGACGUUGCAGCUAAAAAUCGGUCAAUUACUUUUGAAAACAUUGAAAGUCGUCAAACACAAGUGGACACAUUACAGUCUCAGCUGCAGCAAUUACAGGCCAAAGUAGCUAAGACUUCAAUUCAACAUAACUCUCGACAUGGUAGUUCUCAACCAGCUGUUAUAGCUUCAAACGGUAUUGAAGACUUACGGCAAAAACAAAUUCAAAUACUUGAGGAUCAAAACCGAGGGCUCGAAUCACUAUCGCAAACUAUUUCACGCCAAAGAGAACUUGCGACUCAAUUGGGGUUGGAGGUCGAGGAUCAGAAUGAUAUACUGGAUAAUUUGGCAAACACAAUGGAUAAUGUCGACACCCGGGUUCACAUAGAAACAAGCAAUAUUGGAGAGUUAAAUCGACGUGAAAAUACUUGUGGCUAUUGGAUUGCAAUUGUGAUUUUAACGGUUACGAAUAUACUGGUAGCAACUUUAGCGUAAUAUUUGGAUUUAAAACAAAAAUGCUUAUUUUUUUAAAUUAUAAAUUGAAUUCCUUAGUUGAAAUAAAAUUCGUUCUAAAACCAUUUGGGACUCUAAUUUUAACUAUCUCAGAUUUUUAAAAAUUAUUGCAGAAAUAUUAAAUAAUUGUUAAAUAAGUCAAGAACUUGCUAUUAUAUAGUAUAUAUAUAUAUAUAUAUAGUAUAUAGUUUUAUUAUACAGAAAAUAAAAAGGUAAAAUAAAAUUCGGU